AUGCAACAGCAGCAAACAAUUUAUUAUUUUCUUUCUCUUCCUGAUGCUUUGUCUACCAAACACGAGAAUCCAAAAGACUCUUUCGUCUUUCCCGUGUUUGUCAGUGAAAUGCUUGAAACCGUCAGGGAGAAAUGUGAGACUUUCUUUUUUUCUUCUGUUGAUGUUGUUGCUAUGUUUAUGACUUUAUAUAACAUUUUUAUUUGCGAUUAUUUAUUUUCGGCAAUCGCAAACGAUCGGUGA